AUGUCUACUGAACCAAUCCCAGACAAAUACUCCGUAGGCAUCGACGUUGGUGUUACAAAGACUGGCAAGCCACCCUUCUCCAACCCCAGCCCUCCCUCACCCCACCUCUUUAUCUGCUUGGUGGGAAUGAUUUUCGCCAUAGUGAUAACCUACGCCGGCCCCAACAUCCCCAUCCGUGUUUGGACGCCUGGAAACGAUGAUGACUGGUGUAUACCGUCUGUUAUGGCUUACGAUACCAACGGUGGAUUUGUUUGGGGUCACCAGGCUGUCGAUUGCGAUGACGCAUUAGCCUGGACGAAACUUCUUGUUGACGGAUCGCCGGCUUUGCAUAUACGCGGAUCCAAGCUAGAAGGCAUCGUGACUGGGAGAAUAGGUACAACAGGUGAAAGAUCAGUGGAGACAGUCAUCGGGGACUUUUUGGGUGCACUUCGAUUGCAAAUUCUUGCGACGCUCCGGACACACACGGUGAAUCCUCAGGUAACCUGGUGCCUGGCCAUGCCAGGCUGCUGGCCUCUUGUUGGAUCGCAGGUAUUCCGAGAUGCCGUUACGCACGCCCGCCUCGAGUUGCCAGGCCACCAGGUACUAUACACUUCUGAGUCUUGGGCUGCGGCCCGAUGGGUUGAAUUCAGUCUCAGGGCCAGUCAAGGCAUCCAGGAUCUAGACAUUAUCGAGGUGGACGGAUUGCCGCCCCACAACAUGAAGGCCCCGCACGUGCCAAGAAGUAUCCGUUGUGGGGGUGUGGAUGUAGAUUCAGGUCUGGUCCAGCAACUUCGCAAUAGGUUCCACAGCACCCAGUUUACUGGCGAGGAGGGGAGCCACGUUGAGGUUCAGAUCUUGAGGGGGCAUGCUCUUGUCCCCCAUCGAUUUGAUUUCGCGGAUCUCGUCGCCGCCUUUCGUCUGCUGGUAACCAAGGUUUAUGAUUUGAUCUCGCAGAUGAUCGCAGGAUACCGAGGUAAAGUAACCAAGGUCGUCGUGGUAGCAGGAAUGAGUAAAUCCCAGUACUUCCGCGUGUACAUGCGAAACUGCCUCGACGAUCUUCCCGCGGACAGCCGGCCAGGGUUGUUGGGUCCCAUAACCCAGGCUAUUAGUGCCGUCGCGCGCCGGGCGGUAUUGCAGGCGAUCGAUCAGCCACGACGCGUUGAGAGCUUGAAAGGCUAUGAGCUUUGGCUUCCCUUCAUCGAACCAGGGCACAAUGGGUUUACAAACGGCUGUCACACAUUUGUUACCAUCAGACAGGGGUGCAGGAAUGUUCCGCGGCAAGGAGAGUUCCCGGCGGUAGUACGCUUCCGGCCCAAUGAGAUGGGGCGUAACAUCAACCUGUUCAGCUUAGGACCGCCAGAUGGAAGUCCACGUCACCGUCCUCGUGAAUUACACCCCAGCUACCGCACCCACCCAAAUGCAGCACAGCUUGGAGACGCUCUGGCGGGGGCAGGUGGCUUACCGUGA